AUGGGGGCCAGAUUUCAAACAAGACAAUUGGAAAAUAAGAAACAACGGUUGAAAUUUGUCAAAAGUGGUUUGAAAUUCGCAAAAAAUUUCACGAAUCAUGCACUUGAAAUUCGAAAGGACAAAAACGUGGUCUGUUCACCCGCCGGUGCUCACGCCAUACUGACUUUGGUAGUUCUUGGAGCGCGAAAAAAUACCCUCACACAACUGCGUGAAGUGCUUUUUCUCAAGUACAAUCGGUUCAAUUUUAUGCUCGGCUCAUCUCUACUCAUGGACGCUGUUGACAACAUGAAAAAAGUGACUUUUUUUCUUGCCAACAAAAUUUACGUACACGAGAAGUCAAAAAUAAGAAAGAACUUCAUUAGUAUCCUGAGAAGGAUGUACUUGAAUGAAAUUCACUUGAUCGAUAGAAAUUCGUCGAUAUUCGUCGCAGGUGCAAACAAAUGGGUCCGUGGCAUGACAAAUAAUAAAAUUAAAAAAAUUCUCAAGAAAGAUGAUGUAACCAACACCACAAGCUUCGUUGCAUUUAAUGCAGUAUACUACUACGGUAAUUGGGAAGAGCCAUUUGACCCUAGUUUAACGGAAGAACAAGAUUUUUAUCAGUUUGGAGGAAAUACAAUAAAAGUACCUAUGAUGUGUAAUCCUAGUAUUAUGUUGAAUAACGGAAUUAUCGAUAAAUUUUACGCUCGGUUCAUUGAACUUCCAUACAAGAAACGAGGUUACAAAAUCAUCAUUGUCAUGCCUCUCAACGAUUACUUCGUCGAGACGAAAUUCGAAGAGCUUGGUCGACAUUUAAAAGACAUCGACUACCACAUACUCGAAAGUAUUAAUAGUUUCUCUAGAGUAAGGUUGAGCAUGCCAAAAUUUACUGUGAGGAGCAGCAUCAAUCUCGAGCCUAUUUUGAAAAAGAUGGGUGCCACCGAUAUGUUCAGCAGUGAUCGAGCCGAUUUCAAGCUCAUCGCGGAAAAUGUGAAGCUGAAAGUUGACAGAGUCGUUCAAAAAGUUGCUAUUGUUGUUAACGAAACGGCCAGUAAAUAUAAUAGAAAAAACAUGUACGUUCCUGGGAGUCAAUACAAUUAUAUGGAUCAUAUAAAUAUCAACAAGCCAUUUUACUUCGCCAUUCUGUCGCCUCUAGGAGUAAUCUCCGAAGGACGCAUUGUAACACCACAAUAUGAAGAUGUCUAAUUUAUUGUAAUUGAGUUAUUAUACAUUAUUUAA